GUCGCGAACAGACAGGAGAUGGGCAACAGUGGGUCGAUACCAGAAGGUGACCCACUGAGGAUUGUGAUGAUUGGGAAAACUGGUGUUGGGAAGAGUGCUGUUGGGAACACCAUUAUUGGAAAAGAGUUGUUUAAAUCUGAAGUGAGUUCAGAGUCAGUGACAGAGACCUGUGCAAGAGAGCGAGUUAAAUACUGCAAAAGAGAUAUCCAUGUGGUCGAUACCCCCGGCAUUCUGGAUACAUUUAAAAAGGCAGAUGACAUAAAGAAGGAGAUUGCGAAAUGCAUCCACAUGGCCAGUCCUGGACCUCACGUCUUUCUGCUGGUCCUUCAGAUUGGCAGGUUUACCCCAGAAGAAGAAAACUGUGUGGAAGCCCUGGAGAAACUCUUUGGACCUGAGGCAUCGAACUACAUGAUUGUAGUCUUCACUCAUGGUGACAAGCUGGCUGAGCAGAAGUCCAUACAAGAGUAUUUGACAGAAGGCCACCCUAAACUCAAAGAGGUAGUGAGCAGGUGUGGUAACAGGUAUUAUGUCUUCAACAACAAAGAUAAGAACAGAGUUCAAGUGGUUCAGCUGAUCAAGAAGAUCGAUGAGAUGGUAGCAGCAAAUGAAGGAUCACACUACACCGAUGAAAUGUUUGAGAAGGCACGGGAGAUUCUGCAACACGAGCGUGAAAAGACACCAGAAAAGCUGUUCAGCCACCGUGAGUUCAUGGAAGAGCUGCGGCAAAAAACUCUCCAAUUUCAGCAAAAGUUGGCUUUUUUAGAGGACUAGCUCGGUGAUUCAGGACCAUUUUGACCAUCAUUUAAAGUUGAUUAUCUGCCAUAUGAUGAACUAAUUAAUGGUAAUAAUUUUUAGUUAAUGACAGUUUAGAAUCCAUUGUUAUAGUUUCUAGAUUUAGUGAAAUGAUUCUGGUGCUGAUCAUUUAAAAUAUAGUAUGAAAUUGGUUUCCAUGUCAGCUGUAUCACUGUAAAUUCAUCCAUUUGUUCACAUAUUAGUCAAGUCUGGGUUCCAACUUUAAGUUUAAAAUCAAUUAAAAUAUGCAAACUCCAACUACAUGUGUAUAAGGGUAAACAUUAUCAAGCAAAGGGUGACAACUGAUGUAAGGCUGUUAGACACCAAAUGCACAGUGAAAAAAAUGGCAUCAACAUGAAAGGAUGCUGAGCUGUUGCUGAUGUUUCUAAGCAGUAAUAGAAGGAGAAGUUCAUCCAGUUCUCAUGAGGAAAUUCACAAAGUUGGUGCUACAUAAAGAAUAGGUCCAAAAAAUAUUUUUAACACUCAAAAUAUUCCCACAGAUUUUAGGCAUCUGGUGUGUAAAGGCCUUUAUUGUUUAUGAUGAUUAUAAAUAUAGAAAACACCACUUGUUAUUAUUCUGGAGAUAUACAUAAAAU